GCUGGCUCAAAUGGACGACUUUUUUCUCGCUGAUCCCGAUGCCAAACGGCCGUCACAGAACAAGCGCAAACGCGCACCACAAGCCUCCAAAGGUUCCGUUCGACGCUCAAAAAGAGAAGAGGACGAGGACUCUGAGGAUGAGGUUGGAGCAGGAACCAUCGACGACAUGGAUUUGGAGGGCGACCGGGGAACUGAGGAGGAGGAUUCUGGUGAAGAAGACAGACGUGAGACGGCUGCACAGAAAAGGCUACGGCUGGCCAAGCGAUAUCUCGCAAAAGUGAGAGAAGAGGCCGCUGACGUUGGAGAAGUGGAUGCUGCCCAGUUGGACCGUGACAUUAUUGCCAAUCGACUACGAGAUGAAGCACUCGAAUCAAUCGGGAAGCUUUUUCAUGCUAUAGCAGACAAGUAUGCCAACAUCGAUCUGGCCGAUCCAAGUCGUGUGCGCACUUUCAAAUCUGGAAAAAACCACCAACUCUCCAUUACCUCAGUUGCCAUUGCAAUACCCUCCAUCCACCGCCCAAAUACACCACACCAAUCAGCAUCACACCGUAAACCAAUAUACAUCUAUUCGGCAUCAAAGGACGCAUCAAUAGUUAAAUGGGACUUCUGGACUGGCAAAAGGCUACAUUUCAUACCUGGCGGACUCAAGCCAACAAAAAAGCUGAUUGCAGCGUACGGUACGAAAAUGCCGGCACUACAUGUUGGACAUAAAGAUCAUAUUUUGUCGAUAGCCGCCAGUAGCGAUGGGCAGUUUCUGGCAACUGCUGGACGAGACAAAGCCAUUCACAUUUGGUCAGUCGGCGAAGAUAAGCACCUGGGAUCAUUUACACAACACCGUGAUGCUGUAUCAAGCGUCACGUUCAGGAAAGGUCAUAAUCAGCUGUACUCUGCGUCCUUCGAUCGGACGAUCAAGCUCUGGAACGUGGACGAAAUGGCAUACGUCGAAACGCUGUACGGUCACCAGGACCAAAUCACAUGUAUAGACACACUUGCAAGAGAGCGAUGUAUAACAUGCGGAGCGCGAGACCGGACAGUGCGGUUAUGGAAGAUUAUUGAAGAAUCUCAAUUGAUAUUCCGAGGAGGUGGCAGCGGCACGGUACAUGCAGCGGGGGAGGACUUGGUUGUAAUGGAUGGGGUUCGCAAAGUGCCCAAAGUAGAGAAACAAGCCAAUGCGGCUGGCGGAUCGCUCGAUGCGGUCGCUCUGAUAGAUGAAGAGCUUUUCAUUAGUGGAAGCGAUACAGGCGCAAUCUCACUUUGGACCCUUAAUCGAAAAAAGCCACUCUUCACCAAGCUGCGCGCACAUGGCCCCGGUAGCAGAGUGAAAAGCGCAAAUCCCGAAGGCGACAAUGGCGAGGAAGAUAAAGUGGAAGAUGUGGACAGCUCCGAUGGAAAAUGUUGGAUUACUGCUUUGGCUACGGUGCGCUAUUCAGAUCUUUUCGCUUCGGGUGCAGGUGAUGGAUAUAUUCGGUUAUGGAAGCUGUCAAAGGACAAGCGGCGUUUUGCGCUUUUAGGAAGCAUACCAAUGCCCGGAUUUGUAAACUCGCUAGUCUUUUUUGAAGCGCCGCCAAUGCCUACAUCACUGGACAAGGACGCUGACACAAUUGCCACAACAAACUCGAAUCCAUCGACUGCUGCAUCCCGGCUUGCAAGGGCUCGCGCGGCAAUAGCCAAGGGCGAACUUACAAACAAGCCAUUGCAGAAAGACGUACUAUAUCUGGCUGUGGGACUGGGCCAAGAACAUCGGCUGGGCCGUUGGUGGCGGGAUAAACGGGCAAAAAACUCUGUAAAGAUCAUAUCACUUGCACCAGAACAUAAUUAAAGGUCUCAAUCUAACGGUAUAUAAACCUGGGAAUACG